AUGAAAAUAGGGAAUGACUCAAGAGUAACGGAAUUUGUCCUUCUGGGCCUGUCAUCCACCUGGGAGUUGCAGUUAUUCCUCUUCUUGAUCUUCUCCAUGUUCUACAUGGGUAUUGUCCUGGGAAAUAUCUUGAUAAUAAUGACUGUGAAGGCUGAUGGCCACCUGCUCCAGUCUCCAAUGUACUUUUUCUUGGCCCAUCUCUCUUUUAUUGACCUGUGCUUGGGCUGUGUAGCAGUGCCCAAGAUGCUGGGGGAUUUUCUGCACCAGAGAAAGACUAUAUCCUUCCCUGGAUGCCUGGCCCAGAUUUACUUCCUUCACUUCUUUGGGGCCAGUGAGAUGUUUCUGUUGACAGUCAUGGCCUACGAUAGAUAUGUUGCCAUAUGCAAUCCUUUACACUACUUGACGGUAAUGCGCCGUCAACUAUGCUUCAAUUUGGUUUUUGCCUCCUGGUGUGGAGGCUUCCUGCACUCUAUUACACAGGUUGUGCUGGUAGUCCAGCUGCCCUUUUGUGGUCCAAAUGAGCUGGAUAACUUCUACUGUGAUGUCCCACAGGUGAUCAAGCUUGCUUGCAUGGAUACAUAUGUAAUAGAGGUGCUCAUGGUCUCCAACAGUGGCUUGCUUUCACUCAUCUGCUUCUUGGUCCUACUAUUAUCUUAUGCUGUCAUCCUAACCACCUUGAGAACACACUUUCGCCAGGGUCAGAGCAAGGCACUCUCCACUUGUGCUUCCCACCUGACUGUGGUCAGUCUGAUCUUUGUGCCUUGUGUCUUCAUCUACUUACGGCCUUUCUGUUCUUUCCCAGUGGACAAGGUGUUCUCUGUCUUCUACACAGUGAUCACUCCUAUAUUGAAUCCUCUCAUCUAUACCCUUCGAAAUGCUGAGAUGAAGGCAGCUAUGAGGAAGUUGAUGAAAAAGUAUGCAGUUUCCUGCUGUCUGGCUAAAAGGUGA